CGCCUGGUCCUCGCGGGCCCCAGCUGGGCUCUGCCUCUCUCCCAGGCCGGUCACAGCGGGUAACCAUCGCCCGCGAAGGAGGUGGCCUCCGCGGCCCUGGCCGGGGCCGCUGCGCCGACGGGCCAGACCGGACAUGGACGUCUGUGGAAGAGCGCUGAGCCAGCUGGCGCCCCCCGAACGUCCUCUAGCCCGCGGCACCCCCCUGGACUCGGGUGGUCAGAGGCUGCCACCCUGUGUGGCCACCAGUGCCUACUCUCCGUCCGCCCCGGCGCCUCCCCACGCGUCCCUGAGGGCUACCCGGCGGCGGCGGCCAGCGUCCCCAGAGCUGCUGCGCUGUAAGCGGCGGCCCGCUCCCGCGCCAGGGGCGCCCGGCCCUCUGGGCCUGCAGUUGCAGCCUCAGCAGCCUCCGCAGCAGCCCCCCGGGACGGACCCGAGCCCCGGGGUGGGAGCGGCGGCCGUGGCCCGGCGCAAUGAGCGCGAGCGUAACCGCGUCAAGCUGGUGAACCUGGGCUUCCAGACUCUCCGGCAGCACGUCCCCAACGGCGCAGCGAGCAAGAAGAUGAGCAAGGUAGAGACCUUGCGCUCCGCCGUCGAGUACAUCCGCGCGCUGCAGCAGCUGCUAGCUCAGCAAGACGCCGUGGGCACCACUUUCCCUGAGCGCUUCCUGGGCGCCGGGGCUACCGUCCCGGCCGGGUCCCCGCAGACCCCCGGGGCUGGGGCCCCGUGCGUGGGCAGUGGGGGCCCCUGCCCUUACUCAGGCUCAUACGCGUCGGGCUCACCCUCCUUCGACUCGUCGUCCCCAGGCCGAGAGGGCAGUUCGGUGCCCGGCUCCCCCCACUCGCCUUACUCGUCAGACGAGAGCGGCUACGAGGGGGCGCUGAGCCCUGAGGAGCGAGAGCUGCUGGACUUCACCAGUUGGUUCGGGGGCUACUGA